UCAGUUGCCAACGUCUAGAUAAAACCUGCCUUUCGUAGCUUACCAAAGGUUGUGAUGAGUGAAGUAUAUGUUGAAUGGACUUUGAACAGUGAUAGACAACAAUACGAAGAUAUCAGUAUUGACAGACUGAGGAAUCUACACUAAUCCGUACAAUGCAUCUCUUACUUCUUUGAAUCACGUUGCAAAGGGGAAACUGCGUGUGGAUCCACCCUUCAAAAAAGUACUCUAACACAUCCUGACACCGGAGAUAGGCACCAGUCACGAGUCAUCGGUGGUGAGAGCAACGGAUCGAGACUUCUGCUAUCCUUUCGAAAAUAGUUGCAAUGCCAUGGAUCAGUGGGUGAAACUGAAUGCCUCAACAGCUGGAAAGGACAAACUUUUCAGGCUGGUUCAGUAUUUGAGUCGCUUUGUUUGGCAUAACCUGGAAAGCAGAAAGAAUCUUAGGGAUGCUGUGGCUCGCCUCAAGAUCAUUGAAAGCUCUUUUUCAUCUUUUCGAAAACUUCUCAGAUUCGGGAAGAGUCUGGAGGCAAUUCAUGGGGCUCUACGAACACUUCACCUCCCAGAUGCAUGUCUACGGGUAAUACUAACUAUGUCACGCAUAUAUCAGUCUUUAUUCCUUCUUAUGGAUCAUAUAAUAUGGAUUGGGAGAGCUGGACUGUUUGACAUAAACAAAGAGAAGUGGGCUAAGUAUGCCAACAGAUUUUGGCUGGGAUCAAUUAUUCUCAACUUGAUAAGAGAUUUUUAUGAAAUAAUGCUUAUCAUACAGAAAAGUGCUACCUGUAAGAAUCCAUUACCAUGCGCAUACAAGAAGUACCCAGUUGUCAGGACAGUUUAUGAUUGCAUUCCUGCCACUAGACCCCUUGUUUUGUUUGUUGAAGAGCACCGAGAUGUCUUUUGGGAUUCACUGAAGAACUUCUGUGAUAUUUGGAUUCCUUUGACAGGUCUUGGCCACACUAACUUUUCUCCUGGGAUGAUUGGUUUUCUUGGAAGUGUUUCCUCAUUUGCUGGACUUAUUGCUGUUUUAGAUCCUCUUGCCAAAUUAGCUCCUAUGUAGAAUUUAUCUUGAUUUUUUAGACCUAUACAUCAUGUUAUAUACCCACUAUAUGUUUUUAUGGUGUUAAUUGGGCUGUGAGUUGCAGACCUAAAGUGAAUUAUGUAACCAAGACUUUAAUGUUAGAAUAGUUAAGUUAUGAAUAAAGGGUAAGUUUUAUGCUCAUCUAAUAAUUUAA